AAAAUGUUGAACUUUGUUACUUAUUAUAAUAACUGAUAAAACAAUUUCAUUCUUACGUUAUUUGCUUCAAUCUUUUAUAGAAUAAUUAUCAAUUUAAGAAUAAUAGAAAUGGUUUUAAAAUUAUAUUUCGAUCUACUUUCUCAGCCUUCUAGAUCAAUAUUUAUUUUUUUAAAAAAAGUUAAUUUGCCUUUUGAACCUUGUUUAGUUGAUCUCGCAAAAAGACAACAUUUAAAGGAAGAAUUUUCAAAAACAGUUUCUAGAAUUCCCAGAGUGCCUGUCAUUCAUGAUGGUGACUUUGUACUGAACGAGAGUGUUGCUAUUGUGAGAUAUCUGAGUCGUCAAUAUCCAAUUUCUGAUCAGUGGUAUCCAAAAGAUAGUAAAAAACAAGCUCAAACAGACGAAUACUUAGAAUGGCAUCAUUUAAAUCUCAGAUUGAAUUGUGCGACAUAUUUUAUAACCAAGUGGGCUAAUCCACUGUUACGAGGAACUGAACCAACUGAAGAACAGUUGAAGAAAACUAAAAAAUAUAUGGAAAGAUCCUUGAAAGAUUUCGAAAACUACUUUUUGUCAAACGGGACGUUUAUUGAUGGAGAUAAAGUAUCGUACUCUGAUAUCCAUGCAGCGUGUGAAAUAGAACAAAUAAAAAUUGCAGGAUAUGACAUCAAGAAUCAUUAUCCAAAAAUAAAACAAUGGAUUGACAAAGUCAGAAAGGAGUGCAAUCCUUAUUAUGACGAGGCACACAAAUUUGUUUAUAAAUUAGCGAAGAGUAACGAAGAAGAGGGAGAGGAAAAUCCAAAAUCAAAACUUUAAAAUACAAAUAAAAUAUUUUUGAUAAAAUAAUAAAAUUUAUUGGGAAUAUCUAA